UUUCUUACUUACAUAAGUUACAUUAUACCCAGAGUUACCUUAUUUGAGUUCCUUUUCGGUUAUCAAAUUACCUUGAGUACCUUCUUUCCCGAAAUGGCGAUUGCAAAAGCUGCGUCAAGCGCUGGCAGGCGAAGCUUUGCCUGUGGCGACCUGGUCAUAGCUUGUGAUCCUUUGGUGUGGGCCCUGGAGCGGAGCGCCUACAAAACGCGCUGUGCCUAUUGUUUGGAGGAGAGCUCAGAGUUGCGAGCUUGUUCAGGAUGUCAACUGCAUCGCUACUGUAAUUCCACCUGCCAGGCCGCUGACUGGAAAGUGGAGCAUAAACUGGAAUGCGCCAUGCUGAAGAAAAUUAGCAGCAAAAGCAGCGGAACACACAAGGAGUUGAUAAGCAUCGUGGCAUUUUUGCCUGAAGGAGAAUCGUCGCUUUUUCCCAUAAUCUUGGAUAUGAUUGCCAAGUUGGCCAAUAAAAUUAAGUUAAACACGACGACGGACAUUCCGGGAUUGGGUCAGAAAUCAGCCCACGAUCUUCUGCAAAUGCUGCCACCAAAUCCCGCGCAAUCGUCCACCGAACGGAUUCUCUUGCCCACAAGGAUCACUACGGGUAGUGGGACGGAAAAUGCCACGGUACUCGACAUGCCGCUAAUGGACUUCCUGAAGUAUUACGGCAUCAUCCACUACAACUUUAUGCCGGUGUGUGACGUACUGGAGGACAGUGCCUGUAUCGGACUGGCGCUGUAUCCGCAGGCAUCGCGGCGCCAGAUGACGCCGGUGUGCUUGGACAUCAAUGUGGUGCUGAAUAAUCGCGGUCGGCAGCUUGUUGUGCAUGCGGUGGAAAACAUUCCAGAAUAUACCGGACUGCAAGAUCUGCGUUACACAGCCGUCCAAGAACCGUUCAACCAAACCAGAGCGGAGCGUCGCGCUGCUUUUGUGAAGUAUCAUGGAUAUCCGUGUACGUGCCGCAAAUGCACGGAGGAAUAUGAUGCGGAUGUUAAUCCGCUGAAAUGUGUGACGAUGGGCUGUUCGAAUCGCAUUCCCAGCGACAGUCGUGCACGUGGCGCGUGUUCGGAAUGCGGCGCCCUCAACGGGGACCGGUUGGCGCAGUUUCGGCGCUUCAUGCAGCAGCUGGACACAAUUAUCGAUAUCCGUCUACCACGGGAGCAUAACCAGGCCAAGAUUACGGAGCUGUGCGAGAAAAUAGAGGCUGCCGGUAUCCUGCAGUCCGAUGCGCAUAUCCGUUAUGUGUGUGGAUGGAAAUUGUGGGAGAAAUACCUUGAGGAAGGACGAUGUGAAGAGGGCUGUCGGCUGAUGGAUGAACUGGUUGACUGCAUGCGGGACGUUUAUCCGAAGUACGAAGUCAUCCGCGCAGUUCUCCUGAUGAACGCGGGAACUGCCGCCACUGCUGCUCUGCAGAAACGGGUGCUUGUACAAGGGAUGGGACGGCUGUCAGAACCGGCGAAAAUCAAGCUGGAAGCACUGGCGGCACACGUGUGCUGUCGUAUUCUCGAUUUUUGUAAGGAAGCGUACGAUAUCUUGGUUGUGCUAUUUGGUCAGCAGUCAAAGGAGGCUCGGACCAGCCUGACUGUGAUACAAAGUGUGUCUACACACAUUUACCAAAUCGAGCAUGCGUUUCACGGCCGCAAGUAACCAGAGAAUUGUGCGAAGAUCUAAGUCGACCUUGUUAAGGUGUGGAGCAGUAUUCAUUUGACUGCGAUUUUGAUUUCUCUUCAUGGAAGAAAACUCUGCUAUUCUAUAAACC